UGAAAAUUUUUGGCGCGAAACCCAGAUCGGAAAGCUUCGUGGCUCGUUCCCACUUCGGGCAGUUUUCGUGGAAUUCCAGCCACAUCUGACAGCAACCGUGUUCAAAUAAAAGUUUACUCUCUGGAAUUUUGCUUGAACGCAGGUGAAAAAUCACAGUGGAUUUUCCUCCGUGAAAAUCGCUUUUGAGGCCUCGCUUGUAGUGCAAUUUAGUGGCUAAUAUCAUGGAUUUUCGUGCCAUUAUGUCGUCAUCAUUUGUUCGGGUCAAGCUCGUCACUUUUGUGCACCUGACUCUAAUCUCAAAUGCUCUGCUGAGUAGCUGGAGUCCACCUGCUUAUCUCUUCUACAAUGUCUUCUUCAUUGUCAGCCUCUAUUGGGCUCUGCAUAGCAAAGAAUCCGUUGAUGCUGUGUACAUGGCCACCCUAAUUGAUGGUUCCAGUUUCUUUCUGGAUCUCUUCUGCAUCAUUGGGUACUUUUCCGCUCACAAUUGGUGGUCAGUGACCUUUGCCAUCGUAAAUUUAGUCGUUAGGCCCUUUUCCACUCUCCUGCUUCAGCGCGAAUUGACGGAGAGGGGUGGAAGUCUCAAUCCGGCAGCAAUUUUUCCAACCACAGAACAGAGAAGUUACGAGGAUAUUGAUCGGACGACCAAUCAGAGUGUUCCCACGAACCAACCACCCCCAACAACAGUCACAUUUUAAUGCCCUCUCCCUGGUCAAACGAAAUUAUUCACGAAGAAGCGGUAAGUCCCCAUCUCUCACUCACCCCUAUUUAAAUCCUGUUCCCCCCGGAAAGGAAUUCAGUUGCUCAGGAGCAACAUUCUCAAGAAGGCCCCCCAAAAGACUUUGCCUGAACAGAGUAAUCUCCAUCCGUGAUCUGUUAAUUUCCUCCCAAAUUGUUAUAUAUUUUCGUUUUAUUUACUUUCUCAAUUUUAUACCGAAUGCCCAGACAAAUUGUAGAUAACACCAGAGAGCACAUUUAAUCCAAUUUUUCUUUUUAUCAUCUUCCAAAAAAAAAGAAAAGAAAAAAACAAAGAUCAAAAAUAAUUGGGAAAAAAGUAAAAGACACUACGGCAUUUUUUAUUGUAUACUCUUUCAAAAAAAAAAAUGUUGUACUAAUGUUGCUUUGUAUUAAGUGAAUUUAAUAUAUUUGAUUAACUUAA